CCAGCAGGACUGAUGUGCCCCAUGAGCUGGCAGCGUGUGAGGGGGUAAUUGCAGGGGCUGAGAGAGCGGGUUGGGGCUGUCCAGGAGAGCCAGUCAGCAAAAGAGCCCCGUGGCAGGCAGGGAGGAGGCAGGGGCUGGGCCCCCAGUGCCACGUGCCCCCAGCAUGGGCAGCUCCCGCCCCGCCUGCCCGGCCCCCCAUAAAAGCGCUGCCCUGGGCCAGGGCUGCAUCCACUGCUGCGGCCUCGCUCUGCUCAGCACAAGGGCAGCCUCACCUCCGUCACCCCAAGAUGUCCUGCUACGACCUGUGCCCACCCAAAGCCAGCGUGGCUGUGCCCAAGCCCAGCGUGGCUGUGCCCCAGCCCAUCGCCGAGAGCUGCAACGAGCUGUGCGCCCGCCAGUGCCCCGACUCCACGGCCUUCAUCCAGCCGCCCCCCGUGGUGGUCACCUUCCCCGGCCCCAUCCUCAGCUCCUUCCCCCAGCAAGCCGUGGUGGGCUCCGCCGGAGCCCCCGCCUUUGGGGGCUCCCUGGGGCUGGGGGGCCUCUACGGCCAAGGGGCCACCCAGGCCUCGGGGGGCCUCUGCACCUUUCCCACAGCCUGCGCUGCUCCCGCCUGCAGCCCUUGGCUCCUGCCCCGCUACUCCAGGAAAGUCUGGGACACCUGCGGGCCCUGCUAGACCCAGCCCACACCCCACUGCCAGCGCUGACCACGCUCCACAGCCCAGCAGCUGCACAACAGCCCUUGGCCUCCUCCAGCCCGGCACCACCAGCCUGCCUGGCUCUUGCCCACCAUCUCUCUCACCCUCUCUCCUGACCCUCUCUGCUCAAUAAACUUUUCCUGCAGCCAA